UACUUGGUGCGCAUCGAGCUGUGAACCGAAAGUCUGGUGUUUACAUGCGAAAUACACUUCAUAUCCCAGUCCGUGUUCGGCUACCAUAAGCCACGCUUGUCCAAGGAUUGUUUUCAGUGACAAUACCAGUUGUGUAACAAACAGAUCUGCGGUUUCUGCCGGCUAUGAAUACCGGAUUAAAGGUAGAAUCAAACAUGCAAAAGAGGUGAAUGAUGAUAAAAUGAGCCUCAUAAAUGUUUUGAAGGAAUGGAUCACAAGAUAGUACAAAUGAUACUAUGGAUUAUUUUAGUAGUUGUAGCUUGCACCUCGGGCCAAAGCCCGGUGUGUCCCAUGCCAGAAUCUAUUCUCCCUUGUAUUUGCACAAAUCGUCACGAAGAUCUACAAAUAUGGUGCACCCACAGCGAUUUAACACAAGUAUUAAAAGGGAUACAGAAAGUAGGAAAUUUGAUCAGAAAACCUAUUGAUGAAUUGAUCAUCGAAAACAAUUAUCUUCCAUCACUACCUGGAAAAAUAUUUCAGAAUGUGAAAAUCCUAAGGCUGAUGCUUCGUCACAAUGGUUUGGAACGGUUGUCCGCUGCAUGGUUGGAAACACAGGAAAUGAAUUUGGUCGAAAUAUUCAUAGUAGAAAACGAUUUGAGGAAUAUUCCGGCGGAAAGUUUAAUUAAAUUACAAAAUCUACAAGCAGUGACUAUUCAAUCGCACAAUUUGAAGCGAAUUCCUGUGUUUUCUAAUAUUCCGAAGUUGAGAUACAUAAGUAUACAUUCGAAAAGCUUAAACGCUAUAAACGAAAAUACUUUUGAAAAUUUGCCUAACUUGGAAAAACUAUUUAUUCAAGGCAGUCCACAUCUGCGGAUAUUAAAGGAAAACGCGUUAUACAAUUUACCAAAGUUAAAUAAAUUAGAAAUAACAAAUUGUGGUAUAAAUCUAAUACACAUGCGAGCUUUGUCUUUAAUGCCGUCACUAAGUGAACUAUCUUUAAGUGAUAAUAAAAUUUCAGACGCUACUAUGGUUGGUAGAGCCACAAGAGAUCUCCCAUUAUUAUCUUAUUUAAAUCUAAAUUCCAAUUUUAUAGAUAAAUUAAACGAAGGUGCGUUUGUUGAUCAACCAAUGCUGGGAAAUUUGCUUUUAGCAAAUAAUAACAUAAGCAUUAUACACCAUGGUGCAUUUCAUAGAGUCCCGAAAUUGAGAGUUGUUGACCUGAAUUACAACAGAAUACGACAGAUACAUCCAGAAUCCUUUUUGCAACAAUCUGGUAGCGGAGUGGAAGAACUGAACCUUAUUGGAAAUGAAAUUAUGCAUAUUUCCGAAUUUCGCGCGCUGCUUGAUGCUUUACCAAGACUGAGAUUCCUGGAUAUGAGUGACAAUAUGCUGCAAGAUAUCCCAAGAGGCGCUCUUAGAGGCCAUCCCAGUUUAGAACGCUUACAUUUGAAUAAGAAUAACAUCAAAUUUAUCCAAGCAGAUGCAUUUGUUGCUAUGCCGGCACUAAGAGAGUUACAUUUGAGUAAUAAUUCUUUAACCGACGUCAAUGAAGGUCCGUUCUGGGACUUGCCAGCCCUAAAAGGUUUAGAUUUAUCUUAUAACAAAUUCCAACGAUUACAACCAAAAUUAUUGUACAAUCUACCAGCUUUGAGAAGAAUUCAUUUCAGUAAUAAUCAAUUAACAAUUAUAGAUCCAAUUACUUUUAUGGAAGCUCCGUUAUUGGAAUACGUGAAUAUAUCUGGAAAUGCUCUGGUUUCGAUACAUCCCGCCACGUUUAGGAAUUUGGAAAACUUAUAUGAAAUAGACGCUAGCUCUAACAAACUGAUAGAAUUUGUGCCUGGGUUGCCGAGAGGUCUCGAACAAUUGUAUUUACAAAAAAAUCAAAUAACAAGUUUACCCGCGCCACCCUCCCCAGAUUUGGAUUUACCGUCACUAAGAACUUUAGACAUUUCAAAUAACGGCAUACAAAAGAUACCUUUUGGAAGUAUGAAAAUACUUCAUAACCUACGACGCUUUUAUAUGAAACGCAACGGAUUAAGGCAAAUUGAUAUAACAACAUUCGGCGAUUUAGAGCGUCUAGAAAUUCUAGAUUUAAGUGAGAAUCAGUUGCUUUCAGUGCACCCCAAAAGUUUCGCCAAACUGCCCACUUUGAAACAAGUAUAUCUACAUGGAAAUAUGAUAGAUAAUUUUGAUCUUAUGACAAUUCAAGAUAACGCUGAGCUAUCAAUGUUAGACUUUAGUAAAAAUAAAUUGAAAAGUAUAGGUCCAAAUAUAGUUGACAAAGGUUUGGAAGUUGAAAUACUGAAUAUUUCAUCGAACAAUUUAAAUGAACUGCCUACAACGUUAAACAUGUUCACCAAGUUAAAGAUUUUGGAUGCCAGUUUUAAUUAUAUAAAACACUUUGACAGUAAUUCACUAAAUAACUUGCAGAAGUUAAGGGAUAUAAAAAUGCCUCACAAUAAAAUUACAGAAAUACGCUCUAACAGUUUCAGAGAAUUGAACGAAUUAGAAAUGAUAGAUUUAGACAACAAUAACAUAGAAAUUAUUCAUCCUAAAUCUAUAGCCAACUUGCCGAAUUUGAUAUCAAUUUAUUUGAGUCGAAAUCAUAUAAUCGAUUUACCAGAUCAUGUAUUUUAUAACCUACCGAAAUUACGGAUUAUUGAACUUCAAGGCAACCGGCUACAGUUUAUAUCAAUACGGGCUUUUGAUAAUAUGCCAUUAGUGCAAUAUAUGAAUUUGAGUAAUAAUCAUAUCACUAAUAUAGAUAAUUCAGGCUUAAGACAUCUUUCUUCUUUGGAAGUCUUAGACUUAAGUUUUAAUAAACUAACAAGAAUUACUAGAGAAUCCUUUCAAUACAUGGAAUGGAUAGUUGAAUUGAACUUAGAUAAUAACUUAUUAUGUCAUAUAAGCGGUAAACCAUUCGAUUCCAUGCCAAGGCUCAAGGUUCUUUCAUUGAGGCAUAAUAAACUUGCAACAGUAACUGAAACAACUUUUGCAAAGUUAAGAAAUAACAUAGCAAUUCUGGACAUAGAUGGUAAUCCUUUAAUAUGCAACUGUGCAAUAAUUUGGCUCAAGUCUUGGUUGUUGGAGUCGACUUCCGUAGGGCCUAAAUGUAUGGACGGCACUUAUGUCAAGGGAAUGCCCUUUUCACAAAGCGACUGUCCAAACCGUCUCGUUAAGAAUGAAGAUGUAGGAUUAUGUGUUACACACGAAAACGAAGCUUUGCUUCCUAAUCUGGCUUCAUCGCAAGUUUUUUCAUCACUAGAUAAAGUAAAAGAUUAUACUACACAAAUCAAAAAUAAUUAUCACAUCAACAAAAUACAGAAUAGACCUUUGCCAGAAGAAUCAGAUUACUUUUACGAUGAAUAUGUGGACUAUCCAUACAACGAAACGUUGAUAGAGGGCAUUAAUUAUAAUGGAAGUAUAUCUAAAACAAAUAAAACACAUGAAACUAUCGGGCAAACCCCUACGAUCUACGCUGAAAUAAAAAACACAACUUUAAAUACACUGAUAAAAAAUUCAGCUGUUUCUGUAAAAGCGCCGAAUAGUGGUUUCACAUUCUUUGGAAUGUCGCUACCUUCUAUUGCCGAUAUGGGAAAACUAUUGAACACGGGACGCAAAAUUGACUGGCCUGAGAAUAAAACACCUCUUCAGGAGAACAACAAAUACAAAACGUUAGAGCCUCCUAAAUUCGAAACAGGAGGGUUCACACCCAUGCUACCUACAGCUGCUAGUGGGUUCGUACCAAUGUCCGAUCCAAUCGCUAACAUAUCUCACACCAUAAUAAGUGGUCAAAGUGGCACAAAUUAUAACAAACAAAUAGAUACCAUAGAUAGCUUUGCCGCAGCUACAAUAAAGCCUGCGACUAAAUCUGUUCAAAGUAACACAACUCAUCAGAAAACGAAAAGUGAAAUUCAUGAAAUUCAAGCCUAUUUGGAUGAUGACAAUACAACACACAUCACUUAUAACAGAACGAAAAAUGUUGAAGAAGAAAAGAGCGCUCCAAAUAAUCUAAGGAAAUAUAACCUUAUGGAAACGAACUUGACUAUUACGGAAAUUACAGAAAAGGAAGGAUUACUGAUUACUACAGACACAAGUAAUGACAUGUCGCUACAAACAUGGAUGGACAGCAGUACUGUACCUUAUACAUCAAAUCCGCAAACAUCGAAACCUCCAACAAAGAAGCAUAUUGAACCAAAACCUACAGCUCUAUCGGCUGUCUUUAUACCAAGUAACAUUGAGGCAAGAAAUUAUUCAAACAGACCUGCCACCAUUACUAAAGUUAACAUUCCUCAUGUAGAACAAUACAAUUCAAGAGAAAGCUUUUCUCCUGUCAUAAAUAGAGAAGGCAAGACAAAGUUCUCGGAUAUAAUAAGUUUAGGCAAUACCAGAACUAGACAAAUAGAUGGUAAAGAGUGGUAUUAUAAGAACUACAAUAAUUCUAAUUUAAAACCAUACAUUGCACCUGGUUUACAUUCAGUAAGCAGUAUUUUAAGCUAUAACAAAUAUUUAGUAGUUUUUAGUAUAUAUUACACCUUAUGCAAUACUUAUUAAGUGCAAUAUCUGACUCUUAUUGCAGCUGUAGGAACUUAGGUUCAGUAAUUCAUAACUUAUUCAAAUACAUUGCCUACAUUUAUAUUAGCAUUAAAGGUAGUAUAAAAAAAGUUAUUCUUGAAAGUUCAAAAGUACUCAUGAAACAAAGUUAGUUGUGAUACAAAUCACAUCAAAUACAAUAUUAUAAUUUAAUUUCAGUACUUAAUCAUAACUGACUUCAAUUUCAGUUUUUAAAUCAUGGCACUAUCGAAAUAUGAUUAAGUAGUAAUUAACUAAAUUCUGCUAUUUCUAUUUGACUAGGUUUACCGCCAUUUUUAAUAAACAAUCCCAAACGCAUUUUUCGAUCUAUCUCAAAAAUGUACCAAUCAGAAUAAUGUUCUUUUUGACAUGCUUACAAAUGAGUUAUUUUGAUUGGUUUAUUCUCAGAAUCAGAUUGAAGAUUGAGAUUGGGAUCGUUUAUUGAAAGAGGCUGUUAAUCAGACCAUAGAAUAUGAUAAAAAAUUUCAACAGUAUACUUAUACUGCAAAGCCACAAACAACAUACAAGAUCUUAAAUAUAUUCUUGUAGUAUCAUAACAAUUAAGUUAUAGACUUAAAUAGAUAUUCUCAAGUAGUAUAUUUUGUGUUAAAUAUACUUGUACCAUAAGUCUCAAUUAUUACAAUAAACCAAUUUAAACAAAUUAUUUUCCUGAGCAAAAAAAACUAUAAAUACCUUUCCAAUUACAUAUUCCGUUUAGAUGUGCCAAUAACACCAAAUACAAUGGAGAUUAUUAAAAAAAUGAGUAGAUAUUUGUUUAUUUUUUUUUCCAAAUAUGUGGUUCUAUAUAUGGUGAUUUGGAAAAAGAUUAUGUUGUUUAUGUACUAUAAUGAGUUAAAUAAUAAUAAAUACAAUGUAACAAAA